AUUACAGGAAUUUGUGUAUAAAUUGUAGGUUGCGCGGAGGGAAGCGGGGUAGUGAUAGAGGUAGAGGUUGAUUGUAUGGCGACGAGCAACAGCAGCGGUGGCAACCAAACAUACAAACCGUACCGUCACUUAAAAACCCUUACCGACCACGAAAGCGCCGUCUCCUGCGUCAAAUUCUCCAACGACGGAAACCUCCUCGCCUCCGCCUCCCUCGACAAAACCCUAAUCGUCUGGUCCUCCGCCACCCUCUCCCUCCUCCACCGCCUCGUCGGCCACUCCGCCGGCAUAUCCGACCUCGCCUGGUCCUUCGACUCCCACUACAUCUGCUCCGCCUCCGACGACUGCACCAUCCGCAUCUGGGACGCCACCGGCGGCGACUGCGUCAAGAUCCUCCGCGGCCACACCCACGCCGUCUUCUGCGUCAACUUCAACACGCAGUCCAGCAGCAUCGUCUCCGGCUCCUUCGACGAGACCAUCAGGCUCUGGGAGGUCAAGACCGGAAAAUGCCUCCUCGUCAUCUCCGGCCACACCAUGCCCGUCACCUCCGUCCACUUCAACCGCGACGGCAACCUCAUCCUCUCCGCCAGCCACGACGGCUCCUGCAAGAUCUGGGACUCCGAGUCCGGUAAACUCAUGAAGGCCCUCAUUGAUGAUACCGUCCCCGCCGUCUCCUUCGCCAAAUUCUCCCCCAAUGGAAAGUUCAUUCUCGCUGCCACUCUCAAUGACACACUCAAGCUAUGGAACUUUUCGUCUGGGAAGUUUUUAAAAAUUUAUGUCGGGCAUGUGAAUAGAGUAUACUGCAUAACUUCCACGUUUUCUGUGACUAAUGGGAGAUAUAUUGUUAGCGGUUCUGAAGAUGGCUGUGUUUAUUUAUGGGAUCUUCAGCAGAAGAGUUUGAUGCAAAGACUUGAAGGCCAUACAGAUACUGUUAUAUCUGUUACUAGUCACCCAAAAGAGAACAAAAUUGCUUCCGCUGGUCUCCAAGGUGAUAGAACUGUGAGGGUUUGGGUGCAGGAUUCCUGAAUUAUAUGAAACUGUAUGGGGAAGUCUUCUUUCUUCUAGAUUUCAACUACGUGCCUAUGCAUGUCUAUUUUCCAUAUUAAACACUAUUACACAUACAUGUUGAUCUCAUGUUGGCAAUAUUUCCCUCUUUAUCUUUUGUUUGUAGAUAUAGUUUUCAUCAGUUGGUUAUAGUCGGAGUCAUCACAUUUCUGAACAUUUUGAAUAUUAUACAUUGUCAGUAAUGUGAAAGUUGUAAAGUAUGAGUUUUGUGCUACGGCUACCUAAACAAAUUACUCCACUAUUCUUUU